CCUUGCCUAGCUAGUAGCUGCUAUACUCAAACUAAAUCCAAAAAUAAUAUAUUAAUUAAAUUAAAUAUUAAUUAAUGGGUGACGACGGCAGAUCACAAAAACAGCUGCACUUUGUGUUCAUGAAGUAUGAUCCUGAAUAUGAGCGCCUUCAAUCUGAUAGAUAUGGCUGCAGGACAAAGAGAGGGGUAAGGGAGGUGGAAAUGUACUUGAGCAAGAAGCAUAAUGACUUGUUGGCUAAGACACUUGAGCCUGGAACUUACACCAAAACCUUAUCUUUGUUCAUUGUUGAUGCUUUUGCUGCUCAGAUCACUGAUGCUCAGGCCAAUGUGCUUAGAUCUGCAAAAGAAGUUAGAGUGGUGGAGAAGAACCAAGAGCUUGCUAACUAAUUGAUCGAUCCAUGAACUAUAUAUAUAAAAGUAUAUAUAUAUAUUAAUGUUCGUUCUUAAUUAUGACUUUCGUCAGAUAUAUCAUUGAAUAAGCACCUUAUUUACGAGUAGUAAUUAAUUAUCUACUUCUACAUAACUAGCUAGCUAGCUAGAGACUUACCUACGACAUUAUCUGUGUAUAGCAUUUGAUUUUAUUAAUAUGAUUAUGGACGUACUUUUGGUCUUGUGCUUCAAGAAAAUGUAUUAAUUCCUAUCAGUACGUCUGAACGUAUUUUACGUUUUACUA